AUUCCCCUUUCUCCUCUUCUCUAGACCUACUCCUUGAUGAACAACCAGAAAACUCUGAAUCUACUACUCAUUUCUAAUUUACCCUAAUUUCACACACACACACACACUCAUUUCCGUCUCCUGCUUUCUAAUAAGCAUCAUGCGGAAUUCAAUCGGAGACCGUGAUUCAUUCCACUGUCGUCUUCUUAAGCAGACCACCCGUCUUCCUCUUCCUGUUGAUAGUUACAUCGAUCUCGAAGAUAGUGAAGAGGAGGAAGAAGAAUCGAAUUUGGAAAUCGGGUGCCCUUAUUGUUCAGAGGGAUUUGAUGCCCUAGGAUUGUGUGUUCACCUCGAGGAUCAACAUCCACUUGAAAUCAAGACGGGGGUAUGUCCUCUUUGUGCUACUAAUCUGGGGAGGAACAUGAUUUCCCACUUAAUUAUUCAACAUGAAAGCACCUUGAGAGGUCUUGUUAAGAGGAAGCUCCAUGACGAUGAAUCUUUCUCUAUCAUAUCGCUAUUAAGGAGGAAGCUGCAAGAACAUUCACGAUCCCUUCAGAAGGAGUCGACUUCUGUAGCAUCUUCUACCAAUGCGGCAACUGAUCCAUUGUUACUCUCAUUUGUCUAUAAUCCAUCUCAAAGUCAUGAGCCAGAAGUUGUGCAGCUUGAUUCUUCUGCUGAACCAGGUUCAUCAAAGAUGCUUUCAAAGGAUUACACAUUAGAAAGUGACAUCCCAGGUUGUUCUUUGACAUGCAAAGACCAUGAAGAAAAAGCUCUGAAAUCUGACUUCAUACAGACGAUAUUAUUCUCUACCAUGUUUGGUGACGAUUUGUAACAAAACAGUCGUAAUGUGUUGGCCGUCUGCUUCUGAAGACCUUGACCAAAAAUGGCGAUAAGCUUAAUGAACAAAGAGGGAGCAGGGUUAGAUGUAGGGACUGAAUCUCUCUCUCUCUCUAUGGCACACAUACCUAACCAGUUAGGUCAUAUUUCUGGCAGAAUAGUUGUUUAUGAUGGAUGAAAACUGAACAACAAUCACAUGUUGUGGCAUUUUCUCCCCGUGUUUCUUAGUACAAUACACUAUAUAAAGUAGCAGCAUGGCUCUAUUAACAUUCUUC